AAUAGAAAAAUAUGGAAUUAUCAAUAGUACUUUUAUUUGAGACAUUUCUACUAUUGAAAAUUCUUGAUCAUUCUGCCUCGAAAAGCGUAGUCCCUGUUCUAUCUUUGUCUCGAAAAACGAGAUUACCAGCUAAUAAAACACUACAGUCUGAUCUCAAGUUCCUCCCAUUCAUCAUGCUGAUAGACAAGGACAAAGAUACAAGCGAAUACUGGCGCGAGACUGAGAUACUCUCUCUAAUAAGGAAUGACGAAACCGAAAUUGAUUACGAGAAAUGUCAACAAUCACCAACGAGUUCCCUCGUGCAAUUCGCCAGUAGAAGAACCGUCAGGCCUAUUUGUAGGAACCGGUUGGAUUAUCAACUAUGUCCUCAAUGUCCUCACUUCACCAAUCAUACGGAGUGUGAAUUAUUUCGAGAUUCUUGCAGGGAGAGGAAAGUCCAACCUUCGGAGUAUCGCACAUAUUGCGACAGAAAGUAUGGCCGAUGGCGCGCAAUGUUCUUGCCGGCUGAUUAUUCACAAUGCCGAUGUUGCGAUGAGUGCAUAUUUUAUAGAGAAUUGGAUCAGUCUUGUGUGCAAGAUGAAUACAAUUUUGAUAUUGAAGAAUUUAUGCCUGUAACGACUAUAGAUUUCCGAGCCGGUUGUAACCCGUACUGGGGGCACCCUGAGCAGGAGUUCAAAGCUCUGCGCUGUGAUAACAACUUGCGCAGAUGUGUGCCCGUAACCGUGCCGUCAUUGCCGACCGAAUCAUUAAAUUUGCGUCGUAAUUUCCGUUACGAGCCGGCUACCGGUGGUAGCGACUGUCCAGUGUCCUGCCAAGGAUACGAAUGCCGGAACGGAUUCAAUAAGGAGGCCCAGUGUGUACCAGGGGCCUUCCUACCUGAUAAAGAACAGUGUAACUGCUGCGGAACAUGCAGUAUCUACCAACAGUUAAAUCAAAAGUGUGCUGAAUUUAAAAAGACGGUGCAUCACGUAAACGGCACUAAGGAAAUUGAGGUAGAAGAGGAGUUCUUGGAACCUGGCUGUGAUGACGGACUGGUAUGUCGACAAGGCCUUUGCCAGGAUAUCCACACUGUACGGACCUCAGCAGGAAGUCGUAGAAAGAAGGACAUAGACAUAAGUGCCAAUGUAGAACCUUGCAAACGUGAGCUGAAGUAUUUCAAGAAGAAAUAUGGUGCGGACGGUCAUAUGCAUUACGAUGCCCCACAAUGCACGCCUCUCUGGCUGUAUGGUCCUGUGCAGUGUCGGCGUUUUGUUUGCUACUGCGCGUUGGAAGAUGGAACUUUCAUUGAAGGUAUAAAAGUGCCUCGCGUCGAAGUGUCCAAUAUGAACUGUGACUGUGCCCGCGAGAAGUGUCGAAUGGGUUCCGAAGUGGAAUGUGAUGGAUACGGGAAUUAUAAAGAGGCUGUGUUCGUACCCCACAUUGACGAGUGGGGGGAAACUCAGACGAACGAUGCAGAUACACCGUCCCCGGAAAACGACACGGUCCGCACAUCUCGAGAUAUCGACCGAACUACUACUGUAACAAAUACAGUUUAAUUAUUUUUAAUCAUUUACACUUAUUAAAUUUAAA